AUGGAGCUCCGCACCUGCGCGGCCCGCAGUUCUGCGUCCCCCUCGUCUGGCCGCGGCGCGGUGCCAUCCCCACGCCUCCUCUCCCGUCACAUUUGGAGCCGAUCGGCACACUGCACUGCCUCCACCCCAUCAAACCCUGUUGCUAGAAGGAGCCGGUUCUCCACUCUGUCUCUGAUGACGACUGCGUACAACACAGGGCCCCCGGACCUAGUUGAUUUCAAUUGGGAUGCUCUUGGGUUUCAACUGGUCCCAACAGACUUCAUGUAUUUAAUGAGCUGUUCUUCAGAUGGGGUGUUCACGAAUGGUAAAUUGGUGCCAUAUGGGCCAAUUGAGCUGAAUCCAGCAGCCGCAGUUCUGAAUUAUGGUCAGGGAUUGCUUGAAGGUCUACGAGCACAUAGAAAAGAGGAUGGAUCAAUCCUUCUUUUCCGUCCACAUGAAAAUGCACUGCGGAUGAAAAUUGGUGCAGAACGGUUAUGCAUGCCUGCACCAAGUGUAGAGCAAUUCCUAGAAGCUGUGAAGCUAACUGUUAUGGCAAACAAGCAUUGGGUGCCUCCUUUUGGUAAAGGUUCUUUGUAUAUCAGACCACAGCUAAUUGGAAGUGGGGCUAUCCUUGGUGUGGCACCUGCCCCACAGUACACAUUUGUUGUGUUUGUUUGCCCAGUUGGGCAUUAUUUCAAGGAUGGUCUAUCUCCAAUCAGCUUGUUAACUGAGGAAGAAUACCACCGUGCUGCACCUGGUGGAACUGGUGAUAUAAAGACUAUUGGGAACUAUGCUUCGGUUGUCAGUGCUCAGAGAAGAGCCAAGGAGAAAGGCCAUUCUGAUGUUCUAUACUUAGAUCCAGUCCAUAAUAAGUUUGUUGAGGAAGUUUCUUCUUGUAAUAUCUUUAUGGUGAAGGACAAUGUUAUUUCUACCCCACUGUUAACGGGAACAAUUCUUCCUGGAAUCACAAGGAGAAGUGUGAUUGAAAUUUCUCAAAAUCUUGGAUUUCAGGUUGAGGAGCGUCUUAUCACAAUAGAUGAACUGCUUGGGGCUGAUGAAGUCUUUUGUACAGGAACAGCUGUUGUACUGUCACCUGUUGGUAGCAUCACUUACCGUGGAAGAAGGAAAGUACUUCAGCCAAACUACUUGUUUUUCAGUAGUUGUGCUAUUUGA